AUGACACUCAUUCAACGGCAUAUUCGUUCAAGAUCCAUCCCCAAGCGAUGGUUUGGGAGCAACAGGCCGUCUGGCUCCGCCGCCUCCAGCUUGCAACUUCGGGUCAAGGAACGCAUCCAUGAGAUAGACGCCUCGACACCUUUUUCGCAUCACCUCCGAGACACUUUCAACCGCAAGCACGACUACCUGAGGAUCUCCUUGACGGAGAGGUGUAACCUACGAUGCUUCUACUGCAUGCCCAGCGAGGGGGUCGAGUUAUCGCCAGAUGGAAAGCUUCUGGCCAACGAAGAAAUGCUUCGUUUAGCCACCUUGUUCGUCAAGAGCGGAGUAACAAAGAUCAGACUCACAGGGGGAGAGCCCACUGUACGAAAGGGGAUUGUAGACAUUGUCGGUAGCCUCAAUAAAUUGCAGAGAUAUGGUUUGAAAUCGAUCGGCAUGACUAGCAAUGGACUUGCUCUACACCGUCGUCUUCCCCUUCUCGUGCAGAACGGGCUCACACAUCUGAACCUCAGUUUAGACACGUUGGAUCCACUCAAAUUCGAGCUUAUCACAAGGCGUAGAGGCCAUGAUGCGGUCCUGAAGGCACUUGACGUGGCGCUGUCUCUUCCGUUGGCUUCAGUCAAAUUGAAUGUCGUUGUCAUCAAGAACUUGAACGACUCUGAGGUCCUUGACUUCAUCGACAUGACAAAGGAUAAGCCAUUUUCUGUUCGCUUCAUCGAGUUCAUGCCCUUCACUGGAAACAAGUGGGAUAAAAAGAAGAUGGUCAAGUCCUCGGAAUUGCUGGAGCGCAUUAGAGUCCGGCAUCCCAAUGUUCAACGUGCUUCGGACGAGUUGAAUGAUACUGCAAGAUCCUGGAUCAUCCCUGGGCACGAGGGCAGCUUCGGGUUCAUCUCGAGCAUGUCAGACCAUUUCUGCGCGUCCUGCAACCGGCUUCGCUUGACUGCGGACGGUCAGAUCAAGGUUUGCUUAUUUGACGCCAACGAAGUUUCUCUCCGCGACAAACUCCGAACUGGAGCAUCCGACGAUGAACUACUAGAAACUAUUGGUCGUGCUGUAGCUGGCAAGAAGGAGAAACAUGCAGGCAUGGAAGACAUCGACGUCAGACAAUGCAUCAUCCAUGCCGUAUACUGUACUGAACGUAACUUUUGGGUUGUAGGAAAGACACGGCGAGUGUCCCGUAUGGCGCGGUUUCCCCGUCAGCAUACCCCUGCCCAUAUGAUUCCGACACAUGCACUGUCAGUCGGUGCGCUUCGAUUAUACAGUACUGCGGCUCACCUUACACAUCUGGACGAGCAUGGCCGGGCUUCAAUGGUUGACGUCAGCGACAAAGCAGCGAUCAGACGCUCCGCGACGGCAUCCGGCAGGAUACUUAUCCCCAAAGCGGCUUACCAUCUCAUUACGUCGUCCUACCCAUUGGAAGCCGAAGAACACUCACGAGAGCAGAACAUCGAGGACGUUGGCGUCGCCAAGGCAAGGAGGAAAGGAGAUGCUCUUAAUGUUGCGCAACUCGCAGCCAUCAUGGGAGCGAAGCAAACGUCGACGCUGAUCCCCCUCUGCCAUCCUCUCUCAUUAUCCAGCAUCAACGUGAGCCUGGUCCCAAAGGUCUCGAAAACAGCAUCGGGGUGGUCAUACAGCAUUCGGUGCACUGCGACUGUGACAUGCGAGGGCAAGACGGGGGUGGAGAUGGAAGCGUUGACUGCGGUUUCCGUCGGGCUGCUAACAGUUUGGGAUAUGUUAAAAGCGGUCGCUGGGGGAGACAUGGAAAUCGGAAGAAUUAUGGUCACGGACAAGUCUGGUGGUCGAAGUGGUGACUUCCACCGGCAGUCGUCCUCGGAGGAAUAA